AUGGCGACUACCACUGUGACCGAGACAGUCGAGAGACAUUUCAUUCCUAUCAAAGUUGAUGAGCUACCUCCAGUCCAAACUUUUACAGUCGACUCCGACCCCGAAGAUGUGAUCAAAGCCUUGAAGAUCAGCGGUGGUUGUAAAGUCAAAGGGGCAGUGAGCAAGGAAAUCCUAGCACAAAUCGAAAAGGAUCUUCGUCCUCACAUAGAAGCCGACGUUGUUUGGGAAGGGGACUUCUUCCCCAUCCAGACUCGGCGUGUUGAAGGAAUGAUUGGCAAGAGUCCCAUCUGUGCCGAGCACGUCAUCAAUCAUCCCUUGUACCAGGCUGUCUGCAAGGAAUUCUUGACGAAAAAGAACUGGUACUGGAGUGGUGACAAGAAGAUUUUCGCCACGUCAGAUCCGCAGCUGAACAACUCAAUAUGCUUCUCCAUAGGACCUGGAGCGUGGAACCAGCCACUACACCGGGACAGCUGGUGCCAUCAAACUAACGAAACCGAAGUGGCAGUGUAUCCCGACAACUAUGACCGUGAAGUUGGUAUUGGUUGGUUUGUCGCGGGGAAGCCGGCGACAAAGGAGAAUGGUGCCACAAGGUUCAUCCCGGGAAGCCAUCUCUGGUCCAAAGAUCGACCACCGCAGGAGGAGCUUGCAGUGCACGCAGAGCUGGAGCCAGGUGAUGCUUUCAUGAUGCUCAGCUCAUGCUAUCAUGGUGGCUCAGCCAAUAAGACCAAGGAUCAGGAGCGACUGCUGUUUAGCUGCUUCAUGACAAAGGGCUUUUUGCGACAGGAAGAGAACCAGUAUCUGGCGAUACCACGAGACGUGGUGCUGAAAAUGCCGGUUCACAUACAGCAAUUGAUGGGGUACAAGUUGAGCCAACCAUUCUGUGGCUGGGUUGAAAGUGACGAUCCGCGAGUCGUGCUUGACCCUUCCUUGAAAGACGACCCAUCUGGACACUAUGACGAAGAUAAACACUGA